AAAACAAAAAUCUGCCUAAGUAAACAGAAUGUUCGCUUAAAUAUAGAAUUUUGUUGACGUCACGCAUCAGUUAAUGGUCUUAGGUUAGCAGCGUUGCCAUGCGAUCGAUACCGAGAAAGGCUUCCUUUUGCGUCAAUGUGUUCAAUGCCCCGAGUCCCGUUUUAUUCAACACGACAGUCAGUGCCGUGCGAAACUCGUAGCUAGUUGGUCGUACGUCUCGUGUCUCGUGUACGUGUGAAUCCUCCAUGUGCCACUUUCAUCCAAAGGGCACAUGAAUGAACACCCUAAAGGCACUAACGAAGAGAAACUGUUGGAUCGUUCGUUUUUAAGCAAUUUGAUUGUGGCAUUUCAUCGCCAGGAAUCUUUGCUCUUUCCCUUCUCUGCGUGGCAGAGUCACACAUAAAUGGUGGUACGCUUUAAGCUCCAUCUCAUCCAGGAUUCCCGCACCCAUGUCAAGGAGCCUUAUGAUUUCCAUUUGAAACAACUUCAGUAUCAAAGCGCUCCUUGUUUCAUUGAUUGAUUUUCCUUUAUUUAUUUUCAACUCUGUUUGAACCAGUUGUUUUCUUUCUACUUGUACAUCUCUUAUCGGUAUCAUUCGCUUCUGUCCUUUCUUUUUAUAACAAUAACCAGUUCUUUUGAUCAGAUAUAUUUCCUUUUCUUGUUUCUCUUUACCUUGGUCUGGUCGUCAAAAAUGGUGUGCGGGAAUCCUUCGCGAGCGAAUAAGUGCCCCGUUUUAGUUGUUCUUGUAGUUGUUGUUUGUGUUGUUACAUUGCAAUCUCAACCGGCCGUCUCCUACCACGUGGAUGACGGUACGGGUGUUUAUUACGAACGUUAUCCUUUGCACGAUCCCAAUAAACCCGAUAACGAGCAAAUCAAAUCGUCCCCCAACCGCAAUGAAUCGAUUGGGGAUCCCAAAGACGUGGAUGAUGAUGGAUUUUCCGUCAACUGUACGGAACCAACGAUCCAGGACUUUCCGCCUGACAUGUUUACGCAAGAACAGCGCCAAAAAGGCGGUGUCGUUGUCCACUUCAUCCUCUGUAUUUACACCAUGCUGAUGAUUGGAGUCGUCAUCGACGAGUAUUUCGUCCCAUCCCUGGAAAUCAUCGCCGAAGUAUUGCAUAUGAGCCCUGAUGUAGCCGGAGCGACUAUUAUGGCCAUUGGAACUUCAUCGCCGGAAUUGUUCAUUAAUAUUGUUGGCACGUUCAUCACGCAAGGAGAUAUUGGAGUCGGCACUAUUGUCGGCUCGGCCGCGUUCAACAUCUUAGCUGCACCCGCUUGCUGUGGAUUAUUUACCGGCUUUGCCGUCCCGCUGGAUUGGUGGCCACUUACACGCGACUGCGCAAUCUAUGGCUCCAUCGUUAUUGGAUUGGCUGUCGUCGUGUCGGAUAAUCGGAUUUUCUGGUGGGAAGCUAUGAUAUUUGUCCUUUGCUAUGGCGUUUUUCUAGCAGUCAUGUUUUGUAAUCGAACUUUGGAACGAUGGGCCAACGCAUUUAUUAUGCAAUUUCAAAGCUGUUGCGGCAAGAAAAAUGAGAAUGAAAUUAAGGAAAAGGACGAACAAACUGCCAUGCAAUCAGGCGUCGCUGAAAGAUCCUCAAGCAUUACGAAAGAGCAAAUUGAAUUGAGUGACGCUGAGUGUCCGGCUUUGCAGGAUAGGGGAUCCCCAUCGCCGGAGCCACAAAACGCUGCUGUUAUUGAAGACGAACCGGAUGGUCCAGUUAAAUUUUUUCAGCCUCCUGAAGGCUCGUUUUCGACGAAACUCUAUUGGUACGUCAUGUGGCUGGGCAAUUUGAUAUUCUUCUUGACGAUUCCGGACGUUCGUCGUGGUAAAAAAUGGCGACGGACGUAUCCGCUAGCAUUCUUUAUUUGCAUCCUUUGGAUUGGGACUUUAUCCUAUCUCGUUGCUUGGUUCAUCACUGUCAUCGGAUACACUUUGGGGAUUCCGGAUUCAGCCAUGGGUAUCACGUUCCUCGCAGCAGGUGGAAGUGUUCCGGAAGGAGUGGCCGCCGUCGUGGUAGCCCGUGCAGGUAAAGGUUCCAUGGGUAUCAGUAACUCUGUUGGCUCCAACACCUUCGACAUCCUUAUCUGCAUGGGUCUCCCUUGGCUUAUAAAGGCGGCCGUUAUGCCCGAAUACCCCGCCGAUGGUAAUUUCGUGGCAAUUAACUCUGGCGGAGUCGUCUAUAGCGUCUUGAUGCUGUUCUGCACCAUUUUGGUGCUUUACUUUGCCAUAGCCUUCAACAAGUUUGUUCUUGAUAGGAAGAUAGGUGCAAUUUUACUGAUUUCGUACAUAGCUUUCUUAGUUCUGGCAGGCUGCUUUGAAAUGAAUGUUUUCAUGCCAGUUAAUGCACCCCCAUGUUAGUAUAUUAUUUAGAUGAAUGCAGUAACUAAAAGUUUUGCUUGAGCACCCAAAUCGCUGAUAUAUUUGCUUCUGUUAGGGUCACUUGGUUUACGAAUGCAAUACACAAGGUUAAAAAUGUCAAA